AAGAUGAAAAUGGUGUGGGCGGAGCCACAGAGAAUAAUGUGGUCGACAUGGACUUGAUGCCGGUGUAGAGAAAUGGAAAACUAUUAGACAGUUUUUAAUCCUUUUACAACAAGUAUAGACUCUUGUGAUAUUUCUAAAGAUGUACCAGCACCGGACAACAGGCUAAUGCCUGAGAAAUAGUUUUUUAAUAGAUAUUUUGUGGUAUAUGAUUGAAUCCUACCGUGUUUGUUUACAUCUAGGUGGCAUAGAGAUACAUUAGAGAUCAAGAUGGAGUAUUUAUUAGAGGUUAAAAUAUCAGCCUUGUUUGGCUUGUUAGUUCUUACUCUAUUUUUUGGCUUCAUUCCUGUUCGGAUGAAAUUUUUCCGAGCAGCAAACGGAACAGAAAUCCACAGGACAGUACUGAGUUUAAUCAGCUGCUUUGCCGGAGGAGUGUUCCUCGCUGCCUGUCUCUUGGACAUUAUCCCAGAUUAUCUGUCUGAUAUAAGUGAGCAACUACAAGACACAAAUGUGAGUUCACUUGGGACUGACUAUCCUCUGGCCGAAUUCAUCAUGGCAUGUGGAUUCUUCAUCGUCCUCAUCCUCGAGAGGUUGGUCCUCAGCUGUAACGGACAAGGGAACGAGGAAACGGCUCCUCUGCUCCCGCCUGCAGGUCACAGCCACUCGCACGCACACCGCUCCGUAAACGACAUGGAGAGUAGCGGCCACCAUGUCCACAUGGACCUGCAGGCGCAUUCAUCCUUCCGCUCGUUCAUGCUCUUCCUGUCCCUCUCGCUGCACUCUGUGUUCGAAGGUUUGGCCAUCGGCUUGCAAGCGACUGACGCUAAGGUGUUGGAGAUCUGCAUCGCCAUCUUGAUCCACAAGAGCAUCAUCGUCUUCAGCCUUUCGAUAAAACUGAUCCAGAGUGCCGUCCCGACCAUGUGGCUCAUCAUCUACAUCCUGGUUUUUUCCAUAAUGUCACCAAUGGGCAUCGCUAUCGGCAUCGGGGUGAGUGAAGCACAGCUACAGAUGGGGUUGUUAGUCCAGGCUGUGCUGGAAGGCCUGGCAGCGGGAACCUUCGUUUACAUCACAUUUCUGGAGAUCCUCCCUCAUGAGCUCAACUCUCCAGGGCGACAGCUCCUCAAAGUGCUCUUCAUCUUAAUCGGCUUCUCACUCAUGGCCUUUCUGUGCUUCCUGGGCUAAGGGGAGAUCGCAGAGGUUUAUAUGGAACAAUAAGGACAAAUAAUUUUAACUGACUACAAAAAUUGUAUUUUUUUUUUUUUAUUUUCAUUCUCUGUGUAUCUUUUACUACAACACAAUAAUUAAGAUCCAUGCAAUGCACAACUCACUCAGCAGUUCGAGCCAAAGGAAAGAUGGAGGUAUUUAUUUUUUUUUUAGCAAACACAACAUUUAAAUAUUACCUGACACAUUUCAGAUUUUAAUUUUUUUAAUCCUCAGGAUUUUAUUUUAUUAUCUACUUGAAAAGGAGGUCUUAAAUACCUGAAGAGAUUCUUGAUUAUUUUUUAAUCAUUUUCAAGUGUUAUUUAUUUUAACAGCCAAUCCAACAUUAAUGGGGAAGAUUACUGGUGACUGAAGUAUUCCUGCACACUAUUUUCACCGGGUAGGAUUUCAUAAAAUAUCCCUAACAUCUCUUCUUUCAACAGUGUUUGCAGUUCUGACAUAAGAUGUGUCCCAUGUGGACUGCAGCAUAAGAAAGACUUACAUGGUGCCUCAUUUCGAAGAAAAAUUCAAUAUUUUUUUCAAUAACAGUAAAUGUUUUUUUUCUUACCAAAGCAAUUUGCCAAUGCUGACAAUCUUCUAUUUAUUAAAGAAUGAUACGUCAAAUAUUUAAUGUUCCCUGAAACACGUUCCCCUUCCCUUCCCUAUUUUUUCCCCCUUUUUUUCUUUUGACAUUAAUAAGACACAAAUAGCAGCUUGUUAUAUUACUGACAGUCCUCAAUCCUAAACACUUUCAUAUUUUGGAAAACUUUUUGGUAACGUUUUUAUCUCUGAAAGCACCGACACUGGAUAUUUCUUCUAGAAAAUAAAAAAAUAAAUAAAUAAAUGAACAUCUCCUUUAAGAAGACUUCACUAUAUCGACAAUUACACAUGCUUGUGUUAGUUGUUACUAUACAAACAGCAAAACUGACAACAAAUCUUUAUAUUUCAAUUAUUAUCUUGUAAAUAAUAAUAGAUUAUGAUUCUAUUAUCAUUUAUACUACAUUAAUAUAGCCCUGAUUUUGCUUCGAAGAAACGACAAAUGAUCGUCAGAGCUGCUGUUAUAGAACUUCUGAACUGAAAUUUCACUUCUGUUAUGCAAGAACAGAUCGUUGUUAUAUCGCCACGUUCCUACUGCCAAUGUUUGCGUGAAUGACCAACUGACACAUGAUCUAGAAGGACCUUGAAUUCUUAAAGACUGCUGUUGAAGACUGGGCAGCUCAAAAAAUUCUCUCUGUUUGCAUUGAACACUGAGUGAUGGAGUUCAGAUACACACAAGACUGUUAAGGGUGUAAAUGUUUGUUGUAAAUAUGUUGCUAUAUCACUAUGGUGCCUUUUUUUUUUUAAAUACAUGCAUGCCAUUCUUUGGAACAAAACAAAUGAGAUGGAAAUAGUUUUGUUUUGUGCCUUACACGAUCAAUAAAUCCACUGUGGUGAGCGA